GGUUCAGUGGGUGUGGAGUUUGAGCCAGACCUUAAGGUGCAUCAUGAAUCUGCUAUAAGUGCUUUAUAUGCUGAUCUUCCAAGACAAUGCAAAACAUGUGGCCAUCGAUUCAAAAGCCAAGAAGAGCACAGCAAGCAUAUGGAUUGGCACGUGAACAAGAACCGAACAGUAAAAAACCGUAAGACAAAGCCUUCUCCCAGCUGGUUUGUGAGCAUUAGUAUGUGGCUUCAUGGUGCAGAUGCAUUGGGAACAGAAGCAGUUCCAGGAUUUUUGCCUCCUGAAAACACUUUGGAAAAGAAGAAAUAUGAAGAAAUGGCAGUUCCUGCUGAUGAGAAUCAGACUGCUUGUGCUUUGUGUGGUGAGACUUUUGAUGAUUUUUAUAGUGAUGAGAUGGAUGAGUGGAUGUAUAAGGGGGCUGUAUACAUGAAUUCACCAGCUGGGUUAUCAGAAGGGAUUAAUAGGCCUCAGUUAGGUCCUAUAGUGCAUGCUAAAUGCAGAUCUGACACUCAUGUGAUUCCUGCUGAAGAUGUUACAAAAGAUGAAGGGCGCUUAAAGAUAUGGAUUCAUCAUGUUGGUCUUGAAUUGGCCCUUUUGAACCAUUGGGGUGAACAUAGUUUCAUUUGGUUCUGUUCUAAGAGAACUGAGUUGACCUUGAAUCAAUAUAUGGAAAAAUCUGAAUCGGACGAUUCUGUUCUGGUUCCAAAAUUUUCUAAUGAUAAAU